AUGUGGCUCGCCGCUAUCUGCGCCGUUCUCGUCCCCAUCAUCAUCAUCGCCAUCGUCUGCCUCGUUCUUGUUCCCGGAAAUACGAUUCCUAAGGGCACCCCAAACGCCCUCAUCUGGAAGCGCAAGUUGUGGGAAUUACACGUCGGCUGGCUCGGGCUCGCGUUGGCUAUGUGCGGUGCUUGGUUCAUCACGAAUGGCAUGAAGAACAUGUUCGGAAAGCCUCGACCCGAUCUGCUUUCCCGCUGUCGGCCUGAUCUGGAAAACUUCGCCAAGUACGUUGUUGGCGGUACCAAUGCCAGCAUCACCGGCCUUACUGGCGCAGCUGGCUUUGGACAGCUCGUAUCCGCAGACAUUUGCACAAAUACCGACAAGCACACACUCGACGACGGCUUCCGAAGCUACCCCUCCGGUCACUCUAGCUCUGCUGCCGCCGGUUUGAUUUACCUAUCGCUCUUUCUCGCCAGUAAAUUUGCCGUCACCUUGCCAUUUGUUGCUACCAACAGCGACGCUUCGUCACACUCGGCUUUUCCUUCUCGCCUCCAGAAAUCGAGCUCUGAUUACGAGGAAGUGCGAUCGGGCGAGGGAGGCUCUCUCAACCCUGACACGUCAGCUGUCGCCAGAAACCUUGCCGAGCACAACAAGAUCGUAACAGCUGUCCGCCGCCAGGCUGCCGCGCCCCCUAUCUACCUCUUGACGAUUGUCGUCCUCCCUUGGUUCGGAUCCAUUUUCAUCGCAGGGUCUCGCUGGUUCGACUUCCGGCAUCAUGGCUUCGACAUCUUGUUUGGCUACCUCAUUGGCGUCUUCACUUCUAUCUUCGCUUUUCGCUACUAUCAUCUUCCCAUCCGCCAGGGUGCCGGAUGGGCUUGGGGUCCUCGCAGCCAUGACAAGGCGUGGUGGUCCGGGGUUGGCUCCUACAGCUAUGCGACAGAGAAAGGCGACUUCAUUCGGUCGGGCGAUGAGGAGGAGGCAUACAUGUCGCGACCUGUUGGCCAGGCGACAUCCACGCAAUACGUUGGCAAGCCUGCAUCAAAUGAUGGCUCUGGCCCUGAAAACAGGUUCUGA